GUGAGCCAACGGGUUUAUUUGAAGACUCUCUUUGUUCUCUGAGGGUUUCAAAAUUUAAUCGUCCAAAUUUCGAGUAUUUAAAAAACGAAGCCUGUGAAACGUUUGGCCUUGGUGCAAUGGAUACAGAGAAUAAACUGAAUUCAAACGAUGUUGAAUAUUUGAAGGUACCAAAGGAAGGCAGGGUCAAGAGUGCUCCUAAGGAAGCCGUAGAAUUGAAGAUGCCUUACCCCUCUCACCCAUUUGACCAAAACUCUGUGGGAAUUGACACUCCUGAUGGCUCAAAGGCAUUCAAGAGAGAUACUGCAAACAGAGUUUUUGUGAAUAGAAGUCUUAGUUUAGACAAGAUCAAAUUCUUUGGCUUUGAUAUGGACUAUACUCUAGCAGUGUAUAAAUCCCCUGUCUAUGAAAAGAAAGCCUUUGAUUUAAUUUGUGAAAGGUUAGCCUCCAUUGGCUACCCAAAGGAUGUACUUGACUUUGAAUACAGUGAUUCCUUCCCAGUCAGGGGUCUGUUUUUUGACUGUGAGCUAGGAAAUUUAUUAAAGGUUGACACCUAUGGAAACAUUCUUGUUUGUGUGCAUGGUUUUAAGUUCUUAAGUGGUUAUGAAGUGAGGAAAUUGUACCCAAAUAAGUUUGUCCAGUCUGACUCUUCAAGAUAUUUCAUAUUGAAUACAUUGUUCAACUUGCCAGAAACACAUUUGCUAGCCUGUUUAGUGGAUUACUUUGACAACUGUCCUGGUUAUCAACGGACAAAUCAUGGUGUAAUUAGCUCUGACCAGUUGCUUUUGACCUACAAAAGCAUUCAUCAAGACAUCAGAGCAGCAGUAGACUGGGUACACUUAAAGGGCACAUUGAAGCAAUUAACUGUAGACAAUCUUGAGACUUAUGUUAUUAAAGAGCCUAAACUACCAAAAUUACUGACUAGAAUGAGGCAAAGUAACCGCAAAACGUUCAUUCUUACAAACAGUGACUUCUUAUACACAGAUAAAAUCAUGUCCUUCUUGUUAAAUGAAACUGAUGAGUCAGGAAAGACUAUCAAGAAGUGGACAUCUUAUUUUGAUUAUGUUGGUGUAGAUGCUAGAAAACCACUCUUUUUCGGAGAAGGUACAGCACUGAGAAGGGUUGACACGGAGACUGGAGCUCUUAGCAUUGGAAGAUAUUCUGGUGAACUAAAGGAGGGACAAGUGUUCUCUGGAGGUUCUUCUGAUGUGUUUUGUAACCUUCUAGGUGCAGAGGGAAAGGACAUUCUGUACAUUGGAGACCACAUUUUUGGUGACAUCCUCAAGUCCAAGAAAAAGCAAGGAUGGAGAACAUACCUCGUGAUUCCAGAACUGACUAAAGAACUCGAGGUGUGGCAAUCUAGACAAGAUGUUUUCACAAAGCUUCGUGAUCUUGACAUAGCACUAGCUGAUACAUACAAGAAUUUGGACUCGGCCGCGAUUGACAAACCAGAUAUAACAGAAAUAAAAACUUCCAUAAGGGAGGUAACGAACAUGAUGGAGACAUGUUACGGACAGAUGGGGAGUCUUUUCCGCAGCGGUAACAGACAGACCUUCUUUGCCAGCCAAGCUACACGCUAUGCUGAUUUAUAUGCAGCCUCUUGUGUGAACCUGCUACACUAUCCCUUCAGUUAUCUCUUUAGAGCUCCACCACAACUGAUGCCACAUGAAUCCACAGUGGAGCAUACAGGAGAGCUGUUUGAACCUACAGAAAGCAGUGCCUUUGCCCCAAGGGGCUUCUCCUUCAGUGAGGACCACCCAUCAUCAUGUGCUUUAGACUUUCACAGGCAAAUCUCAAAGAAUUCCAGUGGAAGUGUGUGUAGGUGUGAUGAUGAUGAUGAUGACUCUACUGAGUCGGAGAGUGAUGAAAGUACACAGGAGCCCAAAACUCCUGUUUAUGAGGAAAAGAAUGGUGUGAGCCCCUUGGACAAGAUGUAAUGAGGAAUAAUAUCAUUAUGUUGUUUAAACAAGAAUUUGAAUUUGCUUGACAAUUUGAAGGGAGAUCAUGAAAUUAUUACUGUUGGUAAACUUUUCUAGUUUUAAUUUGAUGAAAAACUCUUGACAAAGCACUGCAAAGGCCAUGAUUGAUGGCAAAGAUAGAGAAAGUAAGCAAGCUUGAUGAAAGCAUCUUAUAUACCACAUUUUGCACAAGUCCAAUUUCUAUUUUAAACCAAGUAAAAUUGAUAUAGGCCUUACACACCUUUUAAGAUUUCAAAAAUGGCAGUUACUGCUAUGUAUAGAUAUCCACACCCAUUCAGUGAAUUUCACUGUUAUGCAUAUAAAUCCAAUGGGUAUGGUGGGUUUUAUAUAUCUUCAUAUAUUUUACACUUUGCAAGAUGGGAGAUUGUUCUAUUUUAAAUCACACAAGUGUUUUUACUUGGAUAUCAAGAUUAUAAACAUUGUUUUAAAAUUAUUGCAAUAUUUUUAUUAUCACUCUAUUUAUUUGUCAGUGAUUCUUGUUUCAUUUUUGCCAUAACAGCAAAAAUGUAAACCAAAAGGUUAUAUCUUUACUGAAAGUGAUAAAGCUGAAAUUCAUUAUCCAGGGAAAAGUCUUAAUCAUUCACAAUUGAAAUGGAAAAAGUUAAAAUAAGACCAUUUAAUCAGCCAUUUGAGUAAUUUCUCCACUUCUAGUCAAUUGUUUUCUUGAAAAAACACAGCUUAGUUUUUGCAGCCAUGUUGUUAAUUGCCUGUUACAUUAGGAUGUCUCUUUUGUGUUGACACAAAGGUAGAGAAAUUAAAAAAAUAAAAUAUAUAAGUGAUAGGGAUAAUUUUAGUAAUAUACUUUAUUCCAUGCAUAACAUUUUU